AAUUCAUGAAUGACCAAAAAAACCGAAACUUUGGGCAUUUCAGUUUUUGUACUUAACUCUCUUUCUUUCACAUUCUUCUCUCUCACACUCCAGUCCCCACCAUUGUUAAACACACUCUCCACGAUCAACGAACCCAACCAACCUUAACUCUCGCAAACUCCACGUUUCCAAUUUCACUCUUUAAGAUCUCCCGAGAAAGAAAGAGCUUCUCAAUUCAACCUCAUCCUUACCAUUAUUACAUGCAAUGCUUUGACCUCGAACCACCACAGCGGGUGUCUUCGUCGCGGGGAGCAACAACAAGAACAAUAACCGAAUGGGUCUCUGCACUUCGAAACCCACUCUUUCAUCUACCCAAUCAGCUUCUCACUCCCCCGCGCCGCCUCAAAACGACGCCGUCACGCUCACUCGCAGUUCCGAACCUCACGCGAGUUCCGCCAACAAUGGCCAAAACCCUAACGAGCCGGAGAACGGCAAGAGAUCUCCGUUUUUCCCGUUCUACAGUCCGAGUCCGGGGCGCUACGUGUUCCCGCUCUCGCCGCGGCGGUUUUUCAAGCGGCCGUUUCCGCCGCCGUCGCCGGCGAAGCACAUAAGGGCGGCGCUGGCUCGGCGGCACGGUUCAGUGAAGCCCAACGAGGCUCCCAUACCGGAGGCAGAGGCGGUCUCCGGGCUCGACAAGAACUUCGGAUUCUCCAAGCAUUUUGGAAGUAAGUAUGAUGUCGGAGACGAGGUUGGGAGAGGGCAUUUUGGGUACACUUGUGUUGCCAAGGUGAAGAAAGGAGAGAUGAAAGGCCAACAAGUGGCCGUUAAAGUCAUUCCAAAAGCCAAGAUGACUACUGCAAUUGCUAUUGAGGAUGUGAGAAGGGAAGUAAAAAUAUUGAGAGCUUUGACUGGACACAAGAAUCUAGUACAAUUCUAUGAUGCGUAUGAAGACCAUGAUAAUGUCUAUAUAGUAAUGGAGUUGUGUGAAGGAGGAGAGCUGUUGGACAGAAUAUUAUCAAGAGGUGGGAAGUACACAGAGGAAGAUGCAAAAGCUGUCCUGAGACAAAUACUGAACGUUGUUUCUUUUUGCCAUCUGCAGGGUGUUGUGCAUCGUGAUCUUAAACCUGAGAACUUCUUGUUCACAUCCAAGGACGAAAACUCAAAGCUAAAGGCCAUCGACUUUGGGUUGUCAGAUUUUGUUAAACCAGGUAUAUUUUUUUAUUCCAUUUACAUAACUUGUGUGCUAUUUAUUAUCUUGGAGUUGCUUUAUUUUUUUGACUUUUCAUUGUCCUUUACAGAUGAAAGACUUAAUGAUAUUGUUGGCAGUGCAUACUAUGUGGCUCCUGAAGUUCUACAUAGAGCUUACAGUACAGAGGCUGAUGUCUGGAGUAUUGGAGUGAUUGCAUAUAUUUUAUUAUGUGGCAGUCGUCCGUUCUGGGCCCGGACUGAGUCUGGUAUCUUUCGUGCUGUAUUGAAAGCUGAUCCAUGUUUUGAUGAACCUCCUUGGCCUUCUCUAUCAGAUGAGGCAAGGAAUUUUGUUGAGCGAUUACUAAAUAAAGAUCCACGGAAAAGAAUGUCUGCAGCACAGGCAUUAAGUCAUCCAUGGAUUAAAAGCAAGGAUGUAAAAGUACCUCUGGAUAUUCUAACAUUCAAGCUCUUGAAGGCAUACAUGCGUUCCUCAUCUCUACGAAAAGCAGCUUUAAGGGCUAUGUCUAAGACAUUAACCGUUGAUGAUCUAAUUUAUUUGAGGGAGCAGUUUUCACUUUUAGAGCCAAGCAAAAAUGGCACCAUUAGCUUGGAAAAUAUCAAAGCGGUCUUGAUGGUAAAUGCAACAGAUGCUAUGAAGGAGUCACGCAUACCUGACUUUCUGGCAUCACUUAAUGCGUUACAAUAUCGAAGGAUGGAUUUUGAUGAGUUCUGUGCAGCUGCACUUAGUGUUCACCAGCUUGAAGCACUUGACCAGUGGGAGCAACAUGCACGUUGUGCCUAUGAACUUUUUGAAAAGGAUGGAAACAAGGCCAUAGUCAUCGACGAACUAGCUUCGGAGCUUGGGCUUGGUCCAUCUGUCCCAGUUCAUGCAGUUCUCCACGAUUGGAUUCGGCACACUGAUGGAAAAUUAAGUUUUCUUGGAUUUGUCAAACUGUUGCAUGGCCCAUCUAGAAGUCUUGCAAAAGCUCAAUAGAGACUUCAGAAGCCCAAUAGAAUAUCCAAGAGAGUCGACUAAACUAUAUGUUGAUCUAUCUAUCUGGCUUAAAAAUUGCUAAUGGAAUUAUCACACCCAUAUCAUCAAGUGAUUUCUUUCACAUUGUGGCUCAGCAUAUACACCUUUAGAAUGAUCUCGUUCUUUUACCACGUGAAGCAGGAGGCAAACCUGCUACAGGCGUUUGUAUUUUCCACUGUAAAGCUGUAAUGUAGUAGAAAGGUACACUCGAUACUGUAACAUGUUAGAAGAUUCAUAAUUGAGGUGUAUCAUUCUUGUGAUCUUGUCCACAAGAAAAUUCUUUGCCUUAUAUCCAGAGCUGAAGGAAAAAGGGUGUUGGGGCUCUUUUGUUGGGCUUUCAGCAUUAUGGUAGCUUUUGGGAAUUUGUAAUUUAAUUUUCAUUGGAAUCAAUUCUCAUCAUUUAAAGGUUGUUAAAACCGGAUGAUGCUAAACCCCAUCCCCUAAUUCUAGACAAUCCUAUAAUCCCCAUAUUUUCUGUUGACUGUAACAAUAUUAAUUGUAGAUAGAUGUUUCUCA